AUGGCUGCCCCUCGGCUGAGGCCUCCACCACGCGACGAGCCGGAUGAUAUCUUUGACUUCAUCGAUAUGCCCGGCAACAACUCCGAGGAUCCUCGAGCAGAUGGGGCCGGACACGCUGUCUUCGAGAACGGCAUGAGCGGUGCUCCAAGAGUAGAUCUUCGUGAACCCGGCUCAUACGGCUGGACGCCUUCCAGACCUUUCCCUUCAGCGUUUCCUGGCUUUCCGAAUUUUCCUGCCACAACUGCGCCACACAACAUAGGAGCCAGAGCACAAGGCUUCUCUGGCGGACAGUUUGGCGAAGGACCUCUUUGGAUGUGCAGGGCGUGUCAGAGCGAUGACUGCCGUUGGGAUAGAACGAGGGAUAGCUGGUUCUGUGUGCGCUGUGGCUCUGAUCAGAUUUAUGACACCUCGCAGCCCGCUGUGGAGGAGACACGCCACGGCACAUGGACCUACCAGCCCCGCGACAGGAACUCCUCUGCUUCUACGUCGCCGCGCUCGUCACCUUCAUCGGCUUCUACCUGGACAAGGCCUGGCCCGAGAAUGUCACGGACAGCCAGGUUGGGGCCACCAGGGCUACCAGGCGGCGAAGGCUUCGACUUUGAGGCGCGCGAGGCUGCAGAGAGUGAGACCUUGACUUUAGAUCCCUGCGUGACGCCAAGCGAAACCAGUGAGCAGCCGGGCAGAUUGAGCCGGAGACAACGCAGGGCGAAGAAGCAAGCAACGGCAAAGGAGAGCUGCAAGGGCGAGAAGACCGAGGAUGGUGAACUCGACGACUUGCAGGACACUGCCAAGCAGCUUCGCAAGCUCCUCAACAAGUCCAAGAGCGACUCCGACCAGGCUUCAUGGUCCUCACUUAAAGGACCUGAACGUGGGGUUCGAUGGCGCGGAGGCACCCCGCCUGCUCCACCGAAAUGGCAAUACAGCAAAGAUGACUUAAGGGCCUUCUCCAAGUUCGAGCGCAAGGUGGGCAUCUGGCAGCUCCAGGUGAAGCCUUACAUGUCCGAAGCCGAAGCCGCCCUGUCACUUUACUGCAGUUUGAGCGGGGAGGCUGAAGAAGAGCUCGAGCACAUCGACCUCGCCAAGCUUUAUGCCAAGGACGGGAUUGCGUUCUUGUUGGAGCAGCUCCGAGGACCUUUGCAAGCCAAGCAGGUCUACCUUAAGCGAAAGUUCCUAGCAGAUUUCGAAACGGUCAGCAGGCACAAUGGCGAAGGCAUGAGAUCGUAUGUGAACAGGUACCACCGUGCUGAAAAGGCGCUGCUUAGCAUAGGUAUCAACGUGACCCUGACCUAUGACUCAGAGAGCCGUGGCAGCAGAUUGCUCGACAGGGCAAAGUUGACCUUGGAGCAGCAGAGAAUGGUUCUAGUAGGCACGAACCAGUCUUUACACUUCGACGAGAUCAAGAAUGCUCUCGUGCUGCAGUACCCGGACCACAAACCUCCGCCAUAUGUGCAGGGACCCCCUGCAAAAGAUCAGCAACAGAACCCUCGAGCUUUUCCAAAAGGCAAGGGCAAGGGCUACAAAGGCGCAUGGUCAUCGUCGACCUCGGCGCCUACUACAUCUUCGUCUUCAUCGGCUGCCGGUUCUGCGAGGCGAGUGUGGGUUGCUGAAGCAGAGAGCGGCCCAGCAGACGAGGACAGUGAGUUCCUCGACGUGAUCCCCGAGGACGGCGACGGCGAAGAAGCCGAAGACCACAACGACGACGAGGACGACGGUGAAGAGCUUGUGCCAGAUGGCGACAACGACCCUGAGGGUGCGAUCCAGGAGCUCAUGCAGGUUCUGACCGUUACUUCAAAGAAGCUACAAAGUAUGACCCAGGGUCGGAAGUACAGAGGCGCUCCACGCAAAAGCGUGGAAGAGCGCAAGCGCUCUUCGUCGUGCUCGGCUUGCGGCCAAAUCGGUCACUGGGCUGGGGACUCGGAAUGCGCCGUGAGUGCCAAGGGCAAGCCCAAAGGCGAUGCCGGUAAAGGCAGCAAGAGCAACACCACAAGCGUGAAUGACAAGAAGGGCGGCGCUGGGACACAAAAGGUCUUUUCUGUUCGGCACGCAGGGGGACAUGAAGUUCUGUAUGCGUUUGAUCCUCAACAGCAAUGCCCGCAAGGUCCAGACGAUCAUCCCGGCCAGGUGCACCGCUCCCUUGUCGUGUUCCAGAGUGCAGCGUUCGAGUGCAUGACAAGUGCUAGCGAGAUGCAGGGAUAUUGUGUGGUGGACACGGCAUGCCAGCGAUCGUGUUGCAGUCGGAAGUGGUUUGACAAUCAACAAGCACUGCUACAAAGCUUUGGCCUGGAGGCAAUGUUCACCAGACGAUGCGAGGCCUUUCAGUUCGGAGCAGGGGCCCCACAGCGAUCGAGCACUUGCGUGUACUUUCCCGUCGCUUUUGAAGCCAGUCAUCCUUUGAUUGCCUUGGGCGCUUCGAUCCUGAAUGACCUCGAAAUACCUUUUCUCGCCAGCCUUAGCCUCCUUGAAAAGCUCAAUGUUGUGCUCGAUUUGUGCAACCGCAAGGCCUAUAUCGGACUUCUUGACUGCACGGUCGACCUCUUCCUGGUCCAAGGCCACUUGUGUCUCAAGAACUCAGAGUACCCAGCCGAUGUGCAGUUCGUUUGGGAAGAGCAGGACACGCAUGACUGUGAGUUUUUGUGUGAUUCUAGCAAGUGCUUUGUCAGCAAGCUUUCAAAAGACAACCAUGAAGAGUCAGCAGCUCGAGAGAGAGCCCUGAACCUUGUUCAAAAUGUUGGCAACUCCCCCGGCAUGGCUUGUGAGUUGGCGUCGCAUGGUCAAGGGACUUCGGCAGAUGACGGUGCUAGCCGUGUCUACGGCUCUUCGUGCAACAAGACUUGGGCUGGGAAAGCAAGUCCAGGGAAGCCUCGACGUUGGCACGGGAAAGGACACGGCCACCAAGAAGAAGCCGAAGCAGGUGCUAACGAUUGCCCCCACGCACUGCCAGCACUUGAACAUGAAGCGCCACGGCAACGCACAGGGCCGCUUCACAACGUGCGAGGACUGCCUAUGUCGAUGGAAGUGGGGCGUCGGCGCAGAUGGUGCAACCCCUGGGUGGCUUUAUCAUCCGUCAUCCAAAUCGCAUGCGCUUCCCUUGCCUUCGGCCGACACGGUCCUGGAUCACUCGUGGACUCCGGGAACAGCGUCGUCCCCAACGACUUUCGGGGCGUCAGCGAAGACGAGGGCGCAGCCGAUUUUGGCGACUUCAGCCUCCGGGUACCAUGGAACGCUGGCCGCGACCACAGUGAUCCACGACAGCGACAGCGAGGAGACCCAGGACUACGACUGGGACCUGGUGCUGAACCCUUGAUCAGUGGCAGUGGUCCAGCGCCGCUGAAGAAGGGCCAGUGGAAGAGGGCGAUGCACAAUGCUGACAAGUCGCUCCAGCUCUUGAGCGGCGAAGUGGAGAUGUAUAACCAAUGGCCUGGCGAUCUCCACCUAGGUCAUAGAGCAGAUCUCUUGGAAGUGUUUUGGGACGGCGCUGCUGCAACAAGUUGCUUCAACUAUAGUCUAGCUUCACGGGCUGAGACUUUUGGGCUUUCCUUUGUGAACCUCCAGGGCCUUGAGCUAGACAAGUCUUCGGAACUCUUGCUGCAGAUCGUCCUUCAAAUCAAACCUCGUGUGCUGUUCGUGCACAGAGCAGCCAACCAGCCUGUGCAAGUCAAAAUUGCUGUGCAGAAGUGCUGCGAGCUACAGGUGCAUCACGAGGGCAAGUUCAUAGUCGACUUCAGCUCGGACUUUCAUGAAGAUGCCUCCGGUGUCUUGUUGAAGAUUCAAGAGCUUCAUGACGUGUGUGAGGUGAGCUUUGCAGACAAUCAGUACAACGAGGCCGGCAAGCGCUCCUUUGUGACCAAUUGUCGGUGCCUUCUGCAAGCUCACGAGACAGGCGACAUAGCAGAAACCAUGCUGUGCUGCAUUCAGAAUGAAGUUCGCAUGCUUUGCCCUUGGAAGUUCGAUGAGCAUGUUCAUGAAGUGUGGUAUGCGCCUCCCGUAGAUGCCCCUGAAGAGUGGUUGAGCCUCCUCGAAAGCCUGGAGAAGCGCCUCGGCAAAAGCAGGUACUUUUAUCUCAGCGAUGACUCCAAGGAGAUGCAGCAGCUCAGGCAACUCGUUCCUUGGGAGCUGACAAGGGCACAGGUGUAUGCGCAACCAGUCACUCGAAGGAUGCCAGCAGACGUUCCUUUCACUCAUAGGGGAGCAGCGAUGAUCCUGAACAACGGCCAACUUUCCAUCGAGUCAGAAGACCUUAACGAAGUUCGGCAGCCACGCCUUCGCUUUGAAACCCCUGUCCGGACCGCCGUGUUCUUCUACGGGAUUGCCGAGGACGAUAAAGCCCAACAGACCGCCAAGGGUGACACUCCCGACGUGCAUGUGCCUGGGUUGCGUACGGAUAUAAGUUUCCCUGAGAUGCCCGACUCCAUCCCGAAAGAGGUGCGCUCUGCAGUGGCCCGGUUGCACAUCAACGCAGGCCAUCCACCUCGACAAGAGUUGGUGAGACUGCUGGCGGCGCACGGUUCAAUAAAUGCAGCUGUGCUAACUGCGUUGGAGCACCUGAAAUGCGGUACUUGUGAGAGGGCACGCGUGCCGCUCAAGCCACGGCCUGCUUCAGUUCCUGAGUUCGUGGGUCAGUUUGCUGAGCAACUGCAGGCCGACCUGUUCUAUGUGCGGGACCUGUCCUCGACCAAUCACGCGCUGCUUGGGGUGACAUGUCUUGCUACAAAGCUGUACCAGGCCGCAAUCUUGGAAUCUCGGGAUCCACAAGUUGUUCUGAAUGAGUUUGACCGACUGUGGCUUCGACCAUAUGGCUAUCCUCUCUUCAUGUCCGUUGAUGCCGACGGCGCCUUUGAAGGAGUUUUUCAACAACAUCUCCAAGAAAGCGGGGUGCUGAUGAACACAGUGCCGGCCGACGGGCAUCACCAAAUCGGUGCCAUCGAGAGAAGGAACGCCAUAUUUAGAUCGGUCUUGGAGAGGCUCAUUGAUCAAAAUGGUGUCGUGAACCGGGACCAGAUGGAGAUGUGCAUAAGUGCAGCCAUUUGGGCGGUGAACACCAGCAUACACACACGUUUCCGGGUGAUCUUCUUUCAGAUUCUGCAGCCCUUGCAACUUCAGAUUACCACCUCCUUGCUGAACAACUUCGUUCACAAGCGUGUCAAGUUGUCUCGGAAAUGGCUGCAUCUUCAGUCAUACGACGGGCUCUACUGCGCAAAACGGCCUGGGUCAAUGGUGGCCUACUGGCGGUGGAACCUGAAGGCGCGCGGCAGGAAGCGAGGCGGUUACAUCCUGGGGCGCCUGGUCGUGAAGGACGAUAAGAACGCUUGGGUUCAGAGUGGAGGAUCGCUUGUGCAGGUGACGCACGAGACGCAGGCAAACUACUUCGAGCCGGUCUCUGGGAUGAUGGCCGACAAGCUGGACCUCCUCUUGACGAACCUCUUGAGCCUGUUGUACAUGCUCCCCAAGAACCAGAACCUGACCCACAACAAGUUUCGCAACAGGCAGAUGCUUUGGCACUUCCUAUUGCUGGCCGGCAAGCUGAACCUCAAGCAGAUGAGACAGCAACCGGUCAAGGGGUCAGUCUACAGCUUUGCCUUUGACUCCAAAACAACGUCAGAUACAACCGCCUACUCCAAAUCAACCAUCAACGCCACGGUUACCCGCAACACCACGACGGCGUGCAGCAGUCAAAAGACUCCUGGAUCAAGCGCCAGAAGAGCCGGCAACCAAGACACCAACACCUUCAACACCACCAGCGCAGGAACCUCACCGACUACCGCCAGUUCCGUCACCGCUUCCUCACACACCGGUACCUUCGGAGUCUCUCAUGAUGACAGACCGACUUCGGUGCCUACCACUUUGGAGGCUCCUACAGUUGAAAAUCAACCUGAGACGGCAGGCGAUGGCGCUGCCGAGAGCAUGCAAGCCACGAGCACCGAGGAAGGACCUCUUCCUCAAGUUCCGGCUAAAAGACCACAUGACGCACUACCAGCAAGCAAGCUCCACAACAAGAAGAACAAGGACUACCGCGCGACACUCCUUACUAACUUCAUCCUCGACAACCUCUUCGAGAUCUACGGUCCAGACCACAGCUGGGACGGAUCUCCUGAGUACAAAGAUGGGCCUCCUUGCUUGGCCUUUCGAUGUUCAGCAGCAAAGCUCGAGGAAGUGGAAGUGUCUUCUGAUUCUUCAGACGACGAAGAGGGAGGACGCGCUACUACCUUGUCCAGGCAGGAGCGCAAGGCCAUCGACAGGGAGAUACCUUGGAGGAGAAUCAUAGCCGACUUCCCCUCCAACGUGGUCGAUCUCUACGUGCAAGCCAACAAGAAGGAGUUCACUUCGUGGACUUCUUGGAAGUCGAUAAGGCCAGUUCCCCCUGACGAGGCUCAGCGGAUACGGGCAGACCCGGUGCUUAGGCGCCGCAUCAUGCCAUCGCGCAAUGCCUACCGCGACAAGAACAGGGGCGCUGGUCCAGACAUCAAGGCAAAAUGCCGUACAGUCAUUCAGGGCUGUCAUGAUCCGGACCUUGGCUUGCUGGACAGAUCCAGUCCAACGCCAACGCGAUUGGCUGAGUUCCUGAUCUACGAGAUCGCUUGCGCAGGCUACAACAGGAGACUGCAACGCAACCGAAAAUCCUGGAAACUUUGGUCAGGCGAUGUGUCGACGGCCUUCUUGCAAGGUCAGCCUCAGGCCCGAGACUUGCCGAUCUUCAUGAGGCCGCCUCGAGAUGAUAUUCAACGAAUGGCUCAGACCUUCUUGCGCGACCUCUACGAGGUUGUGGGAAACCUUUACGGCUUGUGCAACGCGCCGAGGACAUGGAUCAACCAUAUCGUGUCCAAACUCGUCAAAGCCAACUUCAAGAGGCAUCGCCUGGACCACACCGUGUACUACAAGCUCGACGACGCAGGUGACCUUUUGGUCAUCUUACUGUUCCACGUAGACGACUUCUUGGUCGCCUUUCGCCAGGACUACCAGUUCGACGAGCUGCUGAACAUGUUCACAUGGGGUCAGACCAAUUUGCUUGACGAUGGAGAGUUUGUCUUCAAGGGCAAGGAGGUCAAGCUCAUCCAGGAGAAGGGCGAGUUCCGGAUCAAGGUCACUCAGAAGGCCUUCAUCAACGAGCUUGAGCAAGGCAAGCUACCUCGUGGACGUGCAGACCAAGGUGACACCCUAACCAACGAAGAGUUCAAGGAGUACAGAAGCUGCGCAGGAAGUCUACAGUGGCUGGGCGGCACAACCAGACCAGACAUCUCCGCGACAGUUUCUUUGAGCAACCUUGGUCAGGAAAAUGGACCGCAGCAGCUCAAAAUGCUGUACGAAUGCAUCGACUACCUCAAAACCACCGCCGAGGAAGGACUCACCUUUUAUGGUGUAAGCCUCAACUACGCGACCACGGUCAUUGGCUACGGCGACUCCAGCUGGGCAAACGCUCCCGGUGGAAAGAGCCAGAUGGGAGUGUUAGUUCUCCUCGCAGGCCCUGAGUGCAAGGAUACCAUCACCCGCGCCACGCUUGUUGAUUGGAAAAGCUCGAGGAGCCCUAGGGUGACAAGGUCAACUCUUGCGUCCGAGGCGAAUGCUAUGGACGAGUGCGUCGAUAGGUGCACGUUCUGCAACUCCUUCCUUUCUGAGCUCCUGGGUGGCUUCAAGGUUACGCCUGAGCAGCUCAAAACUACAGGAAUGCUUCCUCAGUUGCAGAUCACAGACUGUAAAAGUCUGUACGAUGCCGUGAUCUCCGAUAACCCCUCGACGUCCGAGAAACGGACAACAAUAUCGAUUCGUUCGAUACAGGACUACAUCAGUCCCGAACAGGUACACUGGGUGCCAACUGACUUGAUGCAUGCUGAUGUUCUAACCAAGCACUCCACUACCCUUAGGGACAAUUUCAUCAAGUGGUUGCGCAACCCCACAGUACAGUUGAAGGAGUUGGUCCACCGAAAAGAAAAAGACAUCAGUGUGAAUGUUCAGCUUAACUGUGCUUGCAUUCGGUGA